AUGUCUACUGCAAAGCCAAUCUGUCGGGUCCCUAUGAACAUAGUUGUUGUCGGAGCAGGCAUCGGAGGGCUCUCGGCGGCCGUCGCACUUGGGAACCGCGGGCAUUCCGUGCUGAUUCUUGAGUCCACCUCUGAGCUAUCUCAUGUUGGUGCGGGAGUGGCAUUGCCACCAACUACGCGGCAAUGGUAUGAAUCUGAAGGGGUGCUUCAGGCGAAUGACACUGCAUGUGUCCCCCUGGACGGCAUCGAGAUCACCAAGUGGGACACUGGGGAAUUGAUCACUCAAACCGCGGCGAACCCGGUAGGGAAGCAGAACGCUGUACACCAUGGGGACAUGCAAUUGGCACUUCUUGCGCGUGCUCGGGAGCUCAAAAAUGUUGAGAUUCGACUAGGAGCGAGGGUUGUGGAUGUUGAUAUCGAAGCCAUCGUCGCUCUUCUCUCCGAUGGGCAACGCGUGGCGGCUGACUUGAUCAUCGCAGCAGACGGUGUGAAAUCCACCUUGAAGGCCAAGGUUUGUCCACCUGAAGCAGUUGUACCGCUGCCCACAGGCGAGGCCGCGUAUAGAUUCACCCUCUCUCGGGACUUGCUGGAAUCCGACCCAAGGUUGCGGGAGCUAGUCCAACGGCCGUGGGCCACGCGAUGGGACGGACCUUCCCGCCACGUGGUCGCCUACCCAGUGCAUAACCACCACUUGCUCAAUGUCGUUCUCAUCCAUCCAGACAACGGAGACGCAGAGGAAUCAUGGACGUCGGUGACGGACAAGCAGAACGUGCUGGCGGACUACCAGGGAUGGGAUCCAACGCUUCUCAAAUUGAUUGCGCUUGCUCCACCCCAUGUGCCCAACUUCCGGAUGUUCAUAUAUCCCCCAGCGCCCGUUUGGGUCAAAGGCUCGACCAUUCUUCUCGGGGAUGCGUGUCAUGCAAUGCUUCCGUAUCUUGGCCAGGGAGUUGCUCAGGCGGUCGAGGAUGCGACUGCCAUUGCCACAGUGCUAUCGUUGAUCGAGAACCGACAACAGCUUCCUUUAGCACUACGGGCAUACGAGUCGUCUCGCAAGGAGAGGGUUGAUCAGAUCCAAGCGGCUACGUACCGUGCAAGGGAGCAGCUACACCUCCGAGAUGGUGACGCACAGGCGGCCAGAGACUCGGAAAGAAAAGCUGCUUCGAAUACGGGUCAAAAUAGCGAUGUGGUCAAGAUGCAACAUUCUUACUGGACGUGGGAUGCUGCUGGGAUGGCCGAAAAGACACUGGCUGCUUUGAUUGUUGCCUAG